AUGAGGAAGACUCAGCGGUUUGGUCCAAGACCACCUCCCAGGCCCCAGCCGCCAAACCGCGGGGUCUCCAGCACCAUGGAGCCCAGCAGCAAGGCUCCACCCACAGAGAAAGACAUCAGCCUGACCAAGAGUCUGGCGAGGUUCAUGGCAGCUGCUGAUGUCUAUGAGGACCGCCUGACCACGAUGACCAAGAAGAAGGUGGCCGAGUCUCUGGGGUCCCUCUUCACUGAGUGGCUGGAUGAGAUGUGUGUCAAGAUGCUUCUCGGCUCUGACAUCGACGCCGUCUGCGUGGGACCCGGCUUCGUCCAGAGGCACCACUUCUUCUCCUCCUUCUGCCGCAAGCUGGCCGCAAAUAAAGAGGUCACCGACAUGCUGGCCUUCGAAAAGGCGCAUGUCCCGGUCAUGAAGCUGACCUAUAAAGGAGAGAAGAUGGACUUAGUGUACGUCCAGUACCCGGAGGACAGCGUCCCGGAAACGGUGGACCUGAUGGACGACGAUCUGGUGAGGGGUCUGGAUCCACGCUGUGUGCGGAGUUUGAACGGCUACAGAGACAGCCAGCAGAUCCUGAGGUGUGUUCCCAACAAGCACCUCUUCCGCACCACCUUGAGGGUCAUCAAGGUCUGGGCCAAAAAGCGUCAGAUCUACUCCAACAGGCUGGGCUUCCUGGGCGGUAUCUCAUGGGCCAUCUUGGUCGCCAGGGUUUGCCAGCUGUACCCCAACGCCACCGUGGCGGCUCUGGUGACCCACUUCUUCCGGCUCUACAGCACGUGGGACUGGAACAACCCGGUGCGCCUGAGAAAUGAGAACAGGGAGCUCCCUUCCUGGGAUUCCCAGGCUCCCUGGAGCGACCGCUUCCCCCUGAUGCCCAUAAUGACCCCAGCGUUCCCCCAGCAGAACUCCACCUUUAACAUGGCCAAGUCCAACAUGGCCGUCAUCACCCAGGAGUUUGUCCGAGGCUGGAGCAUCACCGAGGAUGUCUACAGCGGAAGAGCUGAGUGGGCCAGACUCUUCCAGAUGGAGGACCUCGGGCAGAAGUACCAGGUGGGCUUGGUCGAGGCCAAAGUCCGGAUUCUGGUGGGAUAUCUGGAUAAGGACUGGCAGAUCUCCCUGGUCCGUACCAUCCCAGAGCCCUCUCCAGAGGAGAAGAGCACCAGGUGGAGGCUGGGACUGCUGCUCAACCAGGAAGUCCUGAGACGGCCGCUGGACAUCACCGCUGUGCUGCACAGGUUCACUGAAUAUGUGUACAUGUUCGCCAGGAAAUGUGGCGACCUGGAAGACGGCAUGACGCUCUCCGCCUCAGUGACCAGCAGGGGCCAGCAGGUGUGUCGUCCUGCAGCUCAGAAGAGAAGACUCAGCCAGGAAUCUUGGAAUGUGGCAAAGAAGGCCAAAGUGGACACGGCAGAGGCGCCAGAGCUGCUGUUCACCCCAGAGUCUGUCCUGGGGAGGGACCGUCUGGCUGUGUCUCCUCCACCAAGAGACCCCGGAGUCCUGAGCUUCAGGCACCGGCGGCCAAAAUCCCCCGACACACCUGAUGUGGAGCGGCUGGACUCCAGGGAAAAGCCAGUCCAGCCCAGACGCAUGAAGAGCGUCAUCAAGCUGAGACGCCCCAGGAGCCCUCCAGCUCCAGACGCCAUGAGCGACAGUGAUGAUGACGGCGUUCCCACCCUGUCUGCUCACACUCUGGCCGCCCUGCAGGAGUUUUACAGCGAGACCAGGACCGGUCUGGACCGCAGCGCCCAAACGUCAGACCAGUUCGCGGUGGGAGCGGUGGAGGAGGACUGGGUGAGUUCUCUGGAUUGA